AUGCCGAAGAAAAUUAUCAUUAUAGGCGCUGGGUUUGCCGGUCUAUGGAGUGCCCUUUCAGCUAAGCGUCUCAUCAACCUCAGGAAUCAAGAGGAAGAAAUCAAGAUAUUGGUCAUCGCUCCCGAGCCAAGCUUGGUUCUUCGUCCAAGACUGUACGAAGCCAACGCUGCCAGCAUGACUCACCCUCUUGGUGCUCUGUUACGCUCUGGAGACAUUGAAUUCUUCCAAGGCAAGGUCGAAACCAUUGACACCAAAGCGCACUAUAUUCACGCCCGGUCUACAUCAAAUGUGAAAUUGACAACUCCUUUCAGCUACGAUCGCCUCAUUCUCGCAGCUGGUAGUUCGGUCAAAAAGCCUCAGAGUAUUCCAGGACUCCAGGAGUUUGCAUUCGAUAUCGAUGCUCUUGAAUCUGCCACUAGACUCGAGGAGCAUCUCAAUGGCCUCGCAGCCGCCCCCAAAAGUCCUGCUCGCGAUACCAUUGUUGUGUGCGGAGCCGGCUUCACCGGCAUCGAGCUUGCAACCGAACUACCCAGGCGUCUCCUUGGACACAUUGCCAACCCUCGCGUCAUCAUCGUUGAGAGCGCAGAUCAGCUCGGGCCUGGCCUUGGACCCGGGCCCCGGCCCGUCAUCACCCAAGCCCUAGAAGAGCUGAAGAUAGAAGUCAGAACUGGAGCAGCGGUCUCAUCUGUGGAUGCCGAGGGUUUAACUCUCACAUCCGGUGAGCGUAUCGAGACCAAGACCACUAUCUGGACUGCAGGAGUGGUGGCAACACCCCUGACGCAGCAGAUUGAUGGGCCCAAGGACAACCUCUCUCGCCUCCACGUUGAUAGUUAUCUUCAAACCUUGUCAACCGAACACGUCUUUGCUACUGGUGAUGCCGCUUGUGCUCUGGCAGACAAAAAAGACCACCAUGCUCUGAUGUCGUGCCAGCAUGCGCUCCAGCUCGGCCGCGUUUCUGGUCACAAUGCCGCGGCAGGUCUGUUGGGCGAACCGAUGGUGGAGUACUCGCAGGCUGCAUACAUCUGCUGUCUCGACCUUGGCCCUUGGGGUGCUGUAAUUGGUCGGGGAUGGGAGAGGAAGGUGGAUUUGAAGGGCUACCAGGCGAAGAAGGUCAAGGAGUUCAUCAAUCAGAAGUUGAUAUACCCCCCGGAUGAUGCCAUGGAGGCUGUGGACUUGGCCAAUCCUGUUGGGCCUAACUCAGAUGAACUACUUGAGCACAUACUUGGGAUUUUGGGACAAGAUCGAGAGACCUAA